CCAAAAAAGAAAGGUUCUGCUUGAUUUUCGGACUACAAACUUCACGAUUUUCGGGUCGAUUUAAAUAAUGGCACAAGUUGCAAUUGUUGGAGGUGGAGCAACAGGUCUUGCUACAGCCUUUUAUCUGUCUAGAUACGCGCAUUAUGGACGACAUAUUGUGAAAAAGAUAAUUCUGUUGGAAGGGGCAGAAGAUGUCGGUGGCUGGAUACAGACAACAAGAAUGCCAGACGGCGCUGUAUUCGAACAUGGUCCGCGAAGUUUACGCAGUGUCGGCAAGAGUGGCAUUAACACAUUAGAACUUGCUGAAGCCCUUGGUUUAGAGGAUGAGAUCCUGGCAGUGCGGCGAGGACAUCCAGUCAUGAAGUACCGUUUUAUUUACAUGAAUGGAAAGAGGCAUGCAGUGCCAAGCAAUUUGAUGUCCGCUAUUUUGCCCGGGCCCCCUUUCAACCAGUCACUGGUGUGGACUCUCAUAAAGGAAGUGCUCAAAGCGGGGGAAAAGGGAUUGAAGGAUGACACUAUACACAACUUUGUUUCAAGGAGACUUGGGACCAAUCUGGCCGACUACGCCGCUGAUCCCGUGGUCCGAGGAAUCUUUGCCGGCGACAUCCGUGAGCUCAGUAUAAAAGCGGUUGCACCAGAACUAUUUGAGUUUGAACAGAAACAUGGUUCUAUCAUUGUUGGUGGAUUAAGGCGCAAGAAAGAAAAGCUUGAGCUCUCCAGUGAUCUUGUCAAGAAGGCCAUGGGAGAGAAAUGGGGCAUUUGGUCGCUGAAGAAGGGUCUGAAACAGCUGGCAGAGGCGAUGGAGAAGGACUUGAGGAAGAGAAAUGACGUUGAGAUCGUGACGGGGACAAAGUGUCAGGGAUUGACCUUCAGUGAGGGAAAAGUCAAGGUUAAGACGGAGAAAAAGGAAUACACUGUGGAUCAUGUCUUUUCGACGAUAUUUGCUCCAAACACUGCUCAACUUCUACCAAUAGAACAUGUCGAUCUCAAGAAGAAACUUUCGAAGAUACAAGCAGGCACGGUAGCCGUUGUCAAUGUGGAAUAUAACGGAGUUCCAAUGCCUGACCCGGGUUUUGGCCAUCUCAUUCCAUCCAAAGAACCGGAGAAGAAUCUUGGUGUUGUUUAUGAUUCAAUGGGCUUUCCUGGUCACGAUCGCAAGGAUAAGAAGUCGCAGAGAUUUACUGUUAUGUUAGGAGGAGCUUGGUUCAACAAACUUUUCGGUCCUCCAGAGUACGCAAAGAAUGCGGAGAUUGAAGACGCUGCAUUGACGAGUUUAAGGAACCAGUUGGGCAUCAUGGAGGAUCCAGAGAGGACCAUCUUAAACGUACAAAAGAACUGCAUUCCCCAGUACAAGCUCGGCCACACGAAGCUCUGUGACGAUAUCUGGUCGUACACAAAGGAGAACAAACUACCUUUAAGUCUACUAGGUUGUUCUUACAAAGGUGUCAGCGUCAAUGACUGUAUCUAUAAUGCGCGUCUCGAGGUGGCGAGAGUCUUUCCCGAUCUGUUUCGACCGACGUGAGGAACAGAGAACCUGAUGGGGUAGACUGGUUCUUGUUCCAUUGCUGGUGCUUAGUGGCUGUGAGCCUCUGAUCUACAGGGAGUUGCGUACAAUCAGUCAAGGCUGGCCAAUUGUAAAAGUGCUAGUGUCAGGACAAGGAACUAGUCUAGUAGUGAUGAAGUAUACUCUGGUGCUGUUUGUAUGCCAUGCAUUUGUCAAUUAUAUGCUGUGCAUUUUUCAUGAUGACUUUCCAUUUGUUUAGUCAUUGCUCAAGGGCUUUGAACUGCUAUAUAUUUUUAGAGCUUUAGGCCUAAACGCGUUUUUUUCUGUUAAUCUGUUCUUAUUAUUUCGAGCACUACUAAUGCCACAAGUACCACGGCGCGAGAUAAAACGAGAUUGCAAGAAACGUCCUCGUCCCUAAGAUCCGUAAGCCAGGCAAAAAGAACCUGGGUGCCGUUUGUCUAGUGUAAUAGCACCCAGGGUGCUUAUUGUCCAGUCGAUCUCGAACCUGGGUACCAUUUGUCGGCACCCAGGACGACAUCCACCCUUUCAGCCUUAGUUAUAAUGGCCGGAAAUAAGUAGAACUUGCUUUUGUACUGUACCAUCAACGACUCUCAGAUGAUCCACCAUUUUGCUGUGACAAUCUGAAGUUAGUCUUUCCCAUAUUUUCGGCUGAAUUUCAUAAUUUCCUUGCCGACAGUGGAUCUGAUGGGAAUCACUGUAAAUUCACAUAUGAUCUGUUUUGUAUAAAAUGGUCAUGACAAAAUAAUAUAUAUAUAUUGUAACUUGUUUAUUGGUGAAGGAAAAUGUCUAUUUUGAUGAGAAUUUUUUGCUUUGAUAUAAAAAUUGCUGCUUCUAGACAAUAAAUG